AUGGCAGCUCAAGAUCCAUGGUCUCCAUUUGAGGGCAAGUACAAGAUACAUGAAGAGUCCAGAGAGUUCGCAAGAUUGCUGAUAUCUAGAGGGUCUAAGCCCUACUCAGAACUUGGCGUAAAGAAAUCUAGAUUACAGGCAGAAAGUGUGUGUUCACUUGUAGCUGGAGCAAUAGACUUCGACGGUGAAGAGACAGAGAUAAUUGUACCAUCCCCAUACACAAAGCAGGGAAUUCCCGUUUCUAUCUACAAACCAGCUUCUCGACCAGAAGUCCCAUCUAUACUGAUCUACUUCCAUGGUGGUGGUAUGGUUAUUUGUUCCAGAAAGACCCAUGAGACAACACUCAAGAUCAUCGCUAGAGAUUCUGGGGCUAUCGUUCUCAAUGUUGAGUACCGUCUUCUGCCAGAUCCUGAUGCUGUUUAUGCUCCGUUUGAAGAUGCUGAAGUGGUCACCAGAUGGGUGUUGGAGAACAAAGAAGCUGUUGGUGGGAAACCCAACAGUAAAGUUGGUGUCGGUGGUGACAGCGCUGGUGGGCAGCUUGCUAUCGGAGUCACCAACGAAGUUCCUGGUUUGGACUUCCAGAUCUUGAUCUAUCCAUUAGCAGACACGUCCUUGUCACAAGACACUGUCCGGGAAUUCAAGCAGGUUGUAGGUCUUAAUGAAGGAGCCCUUAAAUUUUUCUUCGACAACGCUUACAACCAUAUUCCAGAUCUUUUGACCAAUCCCAGGGUCAACGGAUUGGCAAGAACGAAUACUGCGUCGUCACCUCCAGCUCUGAUUAUCCUGGCAGAGUUGGACCCCUUGACAGGAAGUGGGAUCGAGUAUGCGGAAAAGCUGCGUGCCGCAGGGGUUAAAGUUCAACUAGAGAUCAUUCAGGGAGUUCCUCAUGGGUUUUUUGGCAUGAGAAAAGUCUAUAAAACAACCACUGCCCAAGCUUAUGACUACAUCGUGAAGUUUCUGAACCAGUUUCAGUAG